AUGCAACAUUCCACUACUACCCCACCCCAGUCGAGUCCUGCUCCUGCUCCUGCUCCUGCUCCUGCUAACUAUUGGGCUGCCCGUAGUCCUCAAAUGAUUGGUCAUCGAUUGCCUGGUCAUCACGCUAGGCCUAUGAGCCACCAGAUGAACUUUACUGGAGACAGUCCGGGUGCUGGAGAACGUGGUUCUAUCAAACCUGCUUUCAGUGAGCACCGUCACCGUGGAGCCUCUGGUAAUGGAACUUUGACUUGUACCGUGUCAGCUGCACCUCAACAUCGUAUGAACAACUAUCACCAUGGAACGCCGGGCGCAUUACCUCGUGCCGAAUUGGCUUCAGCUGCACCUCAUCACCAUUGUUUCAACAAUGACCAUCAUGGACCUCUCGACUCUGUACCUCCUAUGCGACAAGAUUCAAUAAUGAAAGUGUUUCAUUACAACAGUGGUGUGGACGAUGACUUCGUGAUGCCUCACGUACUGGCCGGCUUGGGUAAUUUGUCUUUGACGGCAAGUCCUUCUACAUCUACGUCUACUUCUGCAACGGAUUUCAUUACGAAUCAAGCAGCUGGUCUUCGGGUUACUGAGAGGAUCGCCGAACAAGGCGAAAGGCAAACUGUCGCUCUCGAAAGGAUGUUUGAGUUAUCUGUGCUCAUGACUGACACGUCCAAAGUAGAUGAAAGGACACGCGCAGGUAUUGAGGCCGCGAAAGAGAUGAUCAACCGCAAGCAUGAAGCUCAACGCGGUGUUUGA